UCCUGUGCGGCAAAAGUUGUGGAAGCAGGCUGCAGUUCUGAGACUUUUGGAGAGGGCUGGCACCGCUGGACACCAUGCACACGGAUGUGGUGCUGCUCAACCUGCUGGUUUGGAUGGUCGGUGUGUCUGGGCAGACGCGUCCGAAAGGUCAAAUACUGCAGCCAUACAGUCACCUCAGAUCCAGAAGAGAAAUGCCUUUGACAGAAGAACCCCGUCGCAAGAUUGGCAGCCCCAUAUUGAAGAGGAGUCCAGAUAAAACUAAAGCCUGGGGUACAAAGACAGAGCACCUGCUGAGGAUAGACGACCAUGAAUUUACAAUGCGACCAGGAUUUGGAGGGCCUGCGGUUCCAGUUGGAGUGGAUGUUCAGGUUGAAAGUUUGGAUGCAAUUUCAGAAGUUGAUAUGGACUUUACUAUGACCCUGUAUCUGAGGCACUACUGGAAAGAUGAACGUCUGUCCUUCAGAAGCAACACCAACCAGAGCUUGACCUUCGAUAGUCGCCUGGUCAAGAAAAUCUGGGUUCCUGACAUGUUUUUCGUCCACUCUAAGAAGUCCUUCACACAUGACACCACCACUGACAACGUUAUGCUGCGGGUUUACCCAGAUGGCAAAGUCCUCUACAGCCUCAGGGUGACAGUCACAGCUAUGUGCAGCAUGGACCUGAGUCGCUUUCCACUCGAUACGCAAACGUGCUCUUUGGAGAUAGAGAGCUAUGCGUAUACAGAUGAUGAUCUGAUGUUGUACUGGAAGGAAGGUAACAGGUCAUUAAACAUAGAUGAGAGAAUUUCUCUCUCCCAGUUCCUCAUCCGGGAGUUCCACACCACCACCAAGCUGGCCUUCUACAGCAGCACAGGCUGGUAUAACCGUCUGUACAUCAACUUCACUCUGCGGCGGCACAUCUUCUUCUUCCUGCUGCAGACCUACUUCCCCGCCACUCUCAUGGUCAUGCUGUCCUGGGUGUCCUUCUGGAUCGACCGCAGGGCCGUCCCUGCCAGAGUGCCGCUGGGAAUAACUACGGUGCUCACCAUGUCCACCAUCAUCACCGGAGUCAACGCCUCCAUGCCCAGGGUGUCGUACAUUAAAGCUGUGGACAUUUACCUCUGGGUCAGUUUUGUCUUUGUGUUCCUGUCGGUGAUAGAGUAUGCUGCCGUCAACUACCUGUCUACUCUACAGGAACGCAAGGAGAGGAAACUCAGAGAGAGGCUGCCGUGUACCUGUGGAAUGGCCCAUCCUGGCAUGAUGUCGGCCAGCUACAGCGAGGUGGAUGCCAACACAACAGGGAACUACGGCAUGCCAGAAGAGAACGGGGUGAAACGGGAGAGGAUUCUGGUGCAGCUGGCCAUGGAGAACGACCAGGUCACCGGCCAUGUUGGCUCCAGCGCCUACAGCAACGUCUGGAUUGACACGCAUGCCAUAGAUAAAUACUCCCGGGUCAUCUUUCCUGGAUCUUACAUCCUCUUCAACAUCAUCUACUGGUCUAUCUACUCCUAACAGAUGGAACUCAAACAGAGCAAAGUCUGAACACUUCCAGCAGAAAUGUGAAAUAUUUGCCUCCCUUAAGUGGAACAGAUGCACUCAGGGUAGAGUAGAGAUUUGUGCUCUAAAUUUGCAGAUUCAGGCCGUUGUGUGGAGAAGGGCAAUCCAAAGAAAGACUGAUGUGCAGUAGAGGACAGAUCUGACCCCCCAGAAGUCCCGACAUGAGCUAGAUCAACACAUUCUACUUCAACUCGGGUCUCUCCGAAUUUUGACUGGACAGAAGCCCAGAGGAUCUGGGAACAGGAUCAAUUAAAGUCAGACAUAACAAUUACCUUAAUCACAGGACACAGAUAGCACCAUGAUGGGUUCUUAAAAGGUGUUGAAAAGGAGCAGCGAUGCCUGGAAAUCUUUUAAUUUGACUGGUUGUUAUCUGCCACCUGUUAAUUAGAACAGGUUCAUUUCCCAACUGGUUCCAAGCUUAAUAAACUCUCUAAUCAAGGGCUUCUGUCCUCAGGUCCAUUUGGCUCUGUUUGGUUUCGGUUUUGGUUUUUUUAAAGGACAGGUCCAUCUUUUACACCUCGGACAGGUGCAACAACAAGUGCAAAAUGGUGGGACUGUGGGGGGUUCACAUGGCUCUGAAACAGCUGAGCCAAUCACAAUAAGCUAUGAUGGCUACUUCAGGAAAUCUUCAGGAAACCAUGCUGUUGUGUGGACAGUGCAAUGUGUUUUUUUCGACAAUAAUGAUAGUAGUAUGAUAGUAGUAAAAUUGUUUAGUUUGAUUGCAUCAAUCCAAUACUAUUUCACACAUAAUUAUAUUGUAUUUCACGUUGUAAAUGGUUACAUCAUAUCAUAAAAAAUGCAAAUAUCUUUAAAAACAAAUACUAUAAGGCUACCUUAAUUUCUGUCUCUCUCUCUCUGUCUCUCUCUCUCUCUCUCUCUCUCUCUCUGUCUCUCUCACCCCAACUGGUCGAGGCAGGCGGCCACCCACCCAGCCGGGAUCUGUCCUAGGUUUCUGCCUUUUAACAGACAGCUUUUCCUUGCCACCAUUGCCAAGGUCUUGCUCAUGGUGGUACUGUUGGGUCUCUGUAAAUAAUGUUAUAAAGAGUUCGGUCUAGACCUGCUCUAUUUGAAAAGUGUCCUGAGAUAACUUCUGUUAGGAAUUGGUGUUAUACGAAUAAAACUGAAUUGAAUUGAAUUGAACCUUCUCACUGCAGGCACAAGUGACCAAAAUCAGAUGUUUUUGUUCAUAUGACUUGACUCAAAGCUGUUUUUUAAAUAACAAAUCACAUGGAAUUUGAUCUUUUUAAUUCUGAUUCUGGGGAUAUUUGGUCCAAAUCAGGUACAGGUACCAGAUACAGGUCUGAUUUCUUUGCAUUACGACCUCAGUGUGAAUGUCAUGUCAGAAUUCGUGUGACUUUCAUGUGACCGUGACCUGUUCACACUGGAAUCUGAUAUGGACCACAUUUAAUAGAUUUAGAAUUGAGGGCUAAGGCUUGCUGUGUAAACGUAGCCUAACAGUCACUGGUACUAAAGCUGCAGUAGGUCACUUUUAUAAAAAUAUUUUCUUGUCAUAUUUGCUGAAACUUUCUGUGAAAAAUAACAAACAAAAACAUAUUAUUUAUUCUUCUUAAAUGUAAAACUUUUGUGUCCUUGCUUAGGACAAUCAAUUUGUGGACUGUGGAUGCUUUGUUUGCUCUUGACCACUCGUAUAAUGUCCUAAGAGGAGUAAUAACUUCUACUACUCGAAGGUUUGAGAAGUUAGUAGUUUUCUGCUAAUAAAACAAGCACAAAUUGUGGUUUAUAUCUCGUUUCCUGCAUAAGGCCCAAAGUGUCAUUGGUUUGGACCAACUGAACCGAACUCCAGUGAAAUCUAGAGAGACCUUAAGUUUUUGGACCAGUAAGGAACUCUGCAGCUGCAGCCCCGGAUACUUGUACUUGAUGUCCUGGCUCAUGCAUGGAUCUUAAUCUUACAGGUGGACACAUCUGGAUUCUGCUUUUGAUAUACCAAAUGUAAAUUCUUUUGUGUGGCUCAGUCAUUGUGUUAGUUAUUGUAUUGUUCUUUUUUUAAGGAUUUCAUGGUUUAAUUUUGUAUCAUUUGACCUGUUUCUGUACACUUGAGCUUACACUGAGACAUUAGUGUAGAUCUCAAAUGGGAUAUUGGAGCUUUUUCUACUUUAAUAUCCCCAUCUCUUGUACCUCCUUUCAUCUACAUAGUGUCAUAACUAAGGAUUGGCUCUGUGGUAAGUCAGUGUACAUACUUCUCGUUUAUAAUGUUUUCCUGUUUACUGGAAGAACACCAAUGACUUACUUAAAGGAACGGGGUAUGCUGGCACUGCGAUGCUCAACUUCUGACAUGUGAGUCAAAUAAAGUCUGUUUGAUCAACAGAUGAAAGGAGGCCUCUCUCGAUCGGCAUUUCUAAAGUUUUAAAAGGUUGGUUUUUCUGUUGCUUCUGUCUUGUGUAAUUCUGCUGUAACAUCUGUUGUGGCUUAUGUAAAAUUUCAGACAAAGCCAAACCGGCACACAUGGUGGACAAAAAACUGAGAGCUUAGUAAAAUCUGACAUUUCACUAUAAACAAAGUAAAAUAUCCUCUUUCUGCUGAUUUAAAAAAAAAAGGGAUUACAUAAAAAGUCUGCUAAGAUACAGUUGUAAUGCUUGAGACCUCCACAUUCAGCAUCUAUUCUUGGCAAUUUACUGAUUGCGUUAUUAGUGGCUACGUUUCAAAGUUUUAAAGGUCCAGUGUGUAACAUUUAGGAGGAUCUAUUGUCAGAAAUGGAA